UCUCUUCUCCAGCCAGCGCGAUACCUGGUCAGCAAACGCGGUUCCAAUGUCUCAUACCGUCGAUAUCCCCCAAGAGCUCAAGACCUCACUCCGCAAGUUCAGAUUCGCCCGGCGCGAUGCAGGGAGCGCCGCGCUCGUCGUUAAAAUCAACAAGCAGAAACUGAUCAUGGAGGAGGUUGAGCAAUUCGACAGUAUCAGUAUUGAUGACCUGGCGGAAGCAUUACCGGAGAACGCACCACGCUAUGUGGUCCUAUCACAUGAAUUGAACCAUUCUGACGGACGCAAGUCAUUCCCUUUGGUCCUUGUCAAUUGGGCUCCGCGAUCGAGCGAGAUGAGCCUCCUCACAUUGCACGCCAGUGCAUUCAUCGACUUCCAGAAUACAGCGGAUAUCAGCAAGGUGAUAGAGGUUCGCGACGGAGCAGAGGGGCUUACACAGGAAAUUAUCGACUCGAAACUGCUUCAUGGAUGACCAAUACUCAAUGUGGAUGGUCUGGCUUCGAUGUCUUUAUUUCCGAUUUAUGUACGAUACUAGUUGUUCUGAUAAAUGCAGGAAUAGAAAGAUUCGCUAGUCUGCCAC